AUAGGAAAGGUUCGUAGGGCAUUGAGACCAGCCACCUCGCAGAGCCUGGCCGCUCCCUGCUCGGGAGAACUGAGCGUAGCCCCUAAUACCCGCGACGAUUUUGAAGGGGAACGCGAGAAGAACCGAGGUUGGGAUCCACUCCUCUGGCCAUGCUUGCUGCUACCUGUAAUAAGAUCGGCAGCCCCAGCCCGUCUCCCUCCUCCCUGUCGGACAGCUCUUCUUCCUUCGGUAAAGGCUUCCAUCCUUGGAAACGCUCCUCGUCUUCCUCCUCCGGCAGCUGCAACGUAGUGGGUUCCAGUCUCUCUAGCUUCGGCGUGUCGGGGGCCUCCCGGAACGGCGGCUCCUCCUCGGCCGCUGCGGCGGCAGCAGCGGCAGCAGCGGCGGCCGCAGCCCUGGUGUCCGACUCUUUUAGCUGCGGAGGCUCGCCGGGCUCCAGCGCCUUCUCUCUCACCUCCAGCAGCGCCGCCGCAGCGGCAGCAGCUGCGGCGGCUGCGGCUUCCAGCUCGCCCUUUGCCAACGACUACUCUGUGUUCCAGGCUCCGGGAGUCUCGGGGGGCAGCGGCGGCGGCGGCGGGGGAGGCGGCGGCGGUUCCGGAGCGCACUCGCAGGACAGCUCCCAUCAGCCAGUGUUCAUCUCCAAGGUGCACACGUCGGUGGACGGACUGCAGGGUAUCUAUCCGCGCGUGGGAAUGGCGCACCCGUAUGAGUCCUGGUUCAAGCCUUCGCACCCGGGCCUUGGCGCCGCGGCCGACGUGGGCUCCGCGGGCGCCUCCAGCUGGUGGGAUGUGGGCGCGGGCUGGAUCGACGUGCAGAACCCCAAUGGGGCGGCGGCGCUGCCUGGCUCGCUGCACCCGGCGGCCGGGGGCCUUCAAACGUCGCUGCACUCACCGCUGGGAGGCUACAACUCGGAUUAUUCCGGCCUGAGCCACUCCGCUUUCAGUAGUGGUGCCUCGUCGCACCUGCUCAGCCCUGCAGGACAGCACCUCAUGGACGGUUUCAAGCCGGUAUUGCCCGGCUCUUACCCCGAUUCCGCCCCGUCGCCGCUGGCCGGCGCGGGCAGCUCCAUGCUGAGCGCGGGGCCCGCGGCGCAGCUAGGAGGGUCCCCACGCUCGUCCGCUCGCCGCUACUCAGGUCGUGCCACCUGCGACUGCCCCAACUGCCAGGAGGCUGAGCGGCUGGGCCCAGCGGGAGCAAGCCUGCGUCGCAAAGGGCUGCAUAGCUGCCACAUCCCGGGCUGCGGCAAGGUGUACGGCAAGACGUCGCACCUGAAAGCGCACCUGCGCUGGCACACCGGCGAGCGGCCGUUCGUGUGUAAUUGGCUGUUCUGCGGUAAGCGCUUUACGCGCUCCGACGAGCUGCAGCGGCACCUGCGGACCCACACGGGCGAGAAGCGCUUCGCCUGCCCGGUGUGCAACAAACGCUUCAUGCGCAGCGACCACCUGAGCAAGCACGUGAAGACACACAGUGGUGGCGGCGGCUCGGCGGGUUCUGGCGGUGGCAAGAAAGGCAGCGACACCGACAGCGAGCACAGCGCGGCGGGAAGCCCGCCUUGCCACUCCCCUGAGCUGCUGCAGCCUCCAGAGCCGGGCCACCGCAACGGCCUGGAGUGACUGUUGCAAUGCCUCCCACCUGAAUCCCAUCGGGCUUGUGUGUCUAGACUGGGCUCCAGUCUAGGCUAGCUGUGUCUCGCGUUCUUUCCCCCAACUUCUCAUUCUCCCUCUCACCGGUUUUCUGCUCUUAACUUUUAGGAUGUGGACAGUAAGUAGCACACAUCGGUGGCUGAAUCCUUGGCUCCUUUCUGCUCAGUGACAGCCAUGCGGGGCGCAGUGGAAACCCGCUCCUCCAACUCUGGGCUGGCGGAACUUUAAAGAGACUGCGGCCUCUGGGGUUAGGUCCGGAUGAAUGAGUUGUCUGGUAGAACUGCGUGCGGCUUUUGCGGCCCCGGAAAGAACAGUGCUCAACCCGCUUGAGCCGCAGCUAUAGGGAGAGGGAUGUAGGAGUCUUGACAAAGAAUCUCCUCCUGGACCCCCGAGUGUGCCCCUGGACUGUCCUGUGCUGAGCAUUACACUCGUGGGAGGACUGCUGCAACCCAGACCGGGUUAGCAGAGUUUAGAUCUCCCCAUUCAGCUCUGGCUAGGUCUUUGUGCCCUGCGGGUGAACCGAUGAGAGUUCUGAGAACGGGAAUCAAUGCCGCCCCCUCUUUUCAUCUUUGUAACUUUUUAUUUUUUAACUGAAAAACUGAGAGGAAAAAAUAAACAAGCAGUCGUCCUCUUAGCUUCCCGUUUAGAUAGUUUUCCUCUGCUUGCGAGCACGUCUUUCUCUCCAAACUGCAAAUACCGAUCCCAAAGUUAUUUUGGUCGCCGUAAUUUAUGGGGUGGGGGCGGGAGUGAGGGUAGGUGUCUUUUCUUAUGCAAAAAUACCCCCUUUCCGGUGAGACCAGAUUAAGCAUCUUCGUGUUUGUCUUUUUCUACCUCGGUUUUUUUCACCAUUCCCAAGCAUAUUCUUCCAACCUCCCACACCACCAUCACUUUUGGGUUAGUCUAGGAAUCAAUUUAUCUACUGAUUUCUGUAAAUUAUUGCAAGUCAUUGAUUACUUUUAGGGUUAAACUUUUUUCUUUGUGAUUUAAACUCAAGUGAAGAAGCUAUCGUUUAUUUCAGAUGAGGCUGUAGUUUAAAUGCCAAAAGAGAGAAAUGGGGAAACAAUUUUUAAAAACUCUUUGUAAAAUAUAUCUGAACCUAAUGGUUUGUACAACUGGAAAAUCGUUCUAGAUUAGUUUCCCAUUAAACAUGACUCCGCCGCUGUGAGGUGUGAGACGAUUUUGUAUAGUAUUUUUCUUGUACAUUACUUCCGGUAAAUAUUUGAAAAUAUAUUGAAGUAAACUUGAUUUUUUUCUUUUUUUGUCAGAAGGAAAUAUUAAGAGUUAUUACUGAUGUUCUAAUGACCUGCAGGUGGUUUUUUUCCUUUUUCUUUUUUUCUUUUUUUCCUUGAACUCAAUUCUGGAGGUGCAGAGCCACACACGCACUUUCCGGGCCUCGUUUUGCUCGAAUAUGAAUUUAGAUAGGUAUCAAGCUGUAACUAAGACACUAUUUGAUAAGUGUUGGAUGACAUUUAAUUUAAUGGCGCAUGUACUUAUUUGCAUUUGCUGGCAGUUCAGGUAUAGUUAAAGUGAGAGUUCUCCUAUACUUCAUAAUAACGGGGUCUGCCAAACCCAUGUAUUAAAUAAAUUGUCCAAGUGAUACUCGACUAACUUUGGCCUUUGUGUAUUUCCUGAAGGUGAUAUUGUUAACUGUUGACAAAUACUCCUGACACUACAUUUAAGUGUUGUUUGCAGAGUCUGCAAACUAACUAUUCAUUGUCAUGUUGAAAUAAUUUGGAUAUUUCACAUUGAAAUGAAAAACCUUUCUCUGGAACAUUAGACUUGCAUUUUAAAUGCAUGAAAUGUAAUUGAUUUAUUUGUAAUAUUUUAAAUGGUAUUAAUAAACUCAGAAAAAAGACUAGGUCAGUUAAUUUGGUUUUUUUUCCCCCUCUUUUAAAACUACGGGCAUUUGCAUUUUAUCUUCAGUUUUAAUGUCUAAGUUAAACAAAAUAUAACCCUGUUUUUUGUGGUAAUAUUUAAAUAUUUGCCUUUAAGAUAUUAUGUAGAUGGAAGAUCUAUUUGGCAAAGUUGUUUUCUUUGUUUACCAAGAUAAAGAUUAUAGUAUCUAAGAUAUGUAAUUAAUUAUUUACCAUUAGAUUUAGCUCAGCACCAGGAUUUAUUGACCUCUUAAAACUUGUAGUAAUUCGCAAACAAUUCAAAGAAAUUCCAUGUUGCUGCUUCCUUCUCAGUCUUCAGAAGGAGUCGGGUUGUUGGCCUUUGAUUGCAUUUAGUGUUUGAAAGGCCAAGACUUAGAUGAAAGAUCAAUACAUCUAAAAUAAAAGCAUCAUUUGGGGAUACCUUCUGUUAGGAGGCAGAGGGGGUCACGCUAACAAAAGCUUGUUUUCUGGCAUUCUAUGUCUUAGCUAAACAUUCUGCAGAGGUAAAUAUCAGUAGAUUCCUGUUGAAAUGAGUUAUCUGUUCUUUAAAAGUCUCUAAACAGUCACCAAAGAAAAGAAAGGUUAAACCUUAAUCUAUCUACGAGGCUAUUGUUCAAAGGUGUCAAUGAUGCCAAUAAAAAACAUUGUCUUGUUAUGUCUAAGUGCAUUUAAGCAAUGGGUGUUCCUUGAGCCAUACUUUGAAACAUAGUAUACUUUAAAUGUUGAUUGAUGUUAUAUCAAAUUAUUUCACUAUUAGAUUAAUAUUAUUUUGAAUCAAACUUAAUAAAAAGUUAGUGUGUUGAGAUUCUAA